AUGGCUGCACUAACUAAUCUGGGGAUGAGGAUUCAAGAAACCAUAUCCGAAUCAACGCGUGAUCUUCCAUUCAUGGGUCGUUCGCCAAACUUGGAGUUCUUCGACACCGACGAAGACAAAGUCAAGAAGAUUAGUCGCCAGUUAGAAUCAUCAUCAGAGAGAGACAAAUUGGAGGCCAUGAAAAGACUGGUAGCUUUAAUCUCAAAGGGUCGCAACGUAUCUGAGUUCUUCGCCCAGGUUGUGAAAAAUGUUGGUUCUAACAGUCUUGAGACACGAAAACUAGUCUAUAUCUACUUACUGCGAUACGCCGGCGUCGAGCCCGAUUUGGCGCUUCUCUCCAUUAACACCUUCCAAAAAGAUCUUGCGGAUCCCAAUCCGUUGAUUCGUGCUAUGGCCCUCCGCGUUCUCUCGGGAAUACCUGUACCUAUUAUUAGUUCCCUAGUUGUGCUGGGCAUUGGAAAGUGUGCCUCGGAUACCAGCCCAUAUGUGCGAAAAACAGCGGCACUGGCAAUCCCCAAGGCUUAUGGCCUGGAUGCUGCGCAGUUUUCUUCCUUAAUGACUAUCCUAUCCUCGCUUCUUCAUGACCGCUCACCUCUGGCGAUUGGCGCAGUGGCAGUUGCCUUUAAUGCGCUAUGUUCAACCAGGCUAGACCUUUUGCAUCCUCAUUACCGCAGACUUUGCAGAAUGCUAGGAGACCUCGAUGAAUGGGGCCAAAUUCAGGUGGUUGCACUAUUGACGAGAUAUGGGAGACGCAUGUUCUCAGCUCCGACCGUGAGUGAGUGCGAAACACCAGCAUUGCUCGACUGUAACUGUUCAUUACAGAAGGAAGGGGACUUAGAUGCGGACCUUGGACUGCUCUUAAACUCUGUACAUCCGUUGCUUCAAAGCCGGAACCCAGCAGUCGCAAUGGCAGCAAUACGAUCAUAUUUCUACCUUUCACCGGCCAGUGCUCAUUCGAAAGUCAUACUGCCGCUUAUUUCAUUGCUCCAUCGUCCGUACGGGAUUCGGCAUGCGGCUCUCUCAAGCUGUCUCAACAUUGCUUCAACGUGCCCGGAUCUUUUGAGGAAGCACAUCACUGAGUUUUUUGUCAAAAUUGAUGAGCCCAGCGGCGUGAAGCGCCUGAAAGUUAGGAUCCUAGUAAGCUUAGCCAACGCAGAGAACACAAACGAGUUGAUUGCCGAAUUCAAGGACUAUGCACGGGACACAGACGAUUCGCUCGUUUCGGACUCCAUACGCGCCAUAGGGCAUUGCGCAAAGAUUUCCCCUUCCGCAAAUGAUUCUGCAUCCGCUGCCUUUAUGAACUUUCUAGAGAGCCCGCAAGAAAACAUGGUGACAAGCUCCAUCUUGAUGCUGAAAUCUCUCUAUCAAUUCACACCGUCUUCCUCGAUAUCCGCUUCGUCCAAAGUCAUAGCGCGUCUUGCGAGUCGUCUGGAUACUGUGACUCAUGGCUCUGCCCGUGCGGCCUUAAUCUGGCUCGUUGGCCAAUAUUCUGCAUCUUCCAGCGGCGUAACUGUUAUUCCUGGUGUUGUUGACUGGGCGCCGGAUGUGCUGAGGAAGGUAGCAAAGUCUUUUGCCGCAGAGCCGGAAGCCGUUCGAUUACAGUGUUUGACACUGGCUGCUAAACUUCUUGCGCUGUCUCCUUCCAAUUCCACUCUCGUUCUACUCGCACGAUAUGUCUUUUCACAAGCUCGGUAUGAUGUAUCAUACGAUAUCCGGGAUCGAGCACGAAUGCUCGCUGCUAUAUUGAGGGGUCUUGAUCUUCAUGAAGAUGAAGUCCUUGAAGACGAAAAUGAAGGCGAUAUAUGGGAGAGGAAGGAUGAAGAUGCUGGUGGUGUGAAACUUCGAAUUGAACAGGCUCGAGUGGUUUUGUUCGAAGGCAAGGUACAUGAUCCGCCGAGUCACUUUUUUCAGGAAAUCGAAUCAAUGAGAUUCUAUACGCUAGGGACAAUGGGAAUUGUGGCGAACAAGUCUCUCUACGGAUCAGAAGAUGCUCAACUUCCAGAUUGGACAGCACAAGGAGUCGAUUCUCAUUUGAGAGAUUCACCCGUGCGUUAUUUCCUGAUUAUUCUGCUUGGAGUUUCGCAAUUCUUUCGUGCUGGAAUACCAGUUGCUCCCGAUCUUUUUGGUAGCCUGAAUCUGGGUUCGUUUCGCGAGCAACUGAGCGCUCUCUAUUGGCUGAUCGCUGUCGUUAUCGCGUGCCGAUAA